AUGUCUAAUCUCACACUAUUGCGGGGUAUAUGCCCUACGCCUUUCUUUCAAGAAAAUCACUUCACCGAUGGAGGCUAUAUCAAUGGACGACUAUGUCAACCCGUAACAGCAGAAAUCAACUGCUGUCUACCUUGCCCCAUGACCGAUUACGCAUAUCCAGACAACUUCAAACAACUGACUUCGGUGGCCAGUUGGAUCAAUGUAGUUGGCAUGAUAUGUUGCGUCUUCCUCUUGGUAUCAUGGAUAUGCCUUCCUAUCGAAAAAACACACCGUCACUACCUGAGCAUAAGUCUUACGUGCGCGGUUGUCUUUAUGAAUCUGGGCUUCAUUGUGCCCCUUGCAGCCAAUCCCGACCAAUGCUAUGAUCAAAUUACCCCUAACAGCAUGGAAUCGAGUGCGGUAUGCGCCGUUUCAGGAUCAUUCUUGCUUUUUGGUGGAUGGGGCGGUGUGAUGUGGAUUUUCUUGCGAGCUCUGUCAUUGCACCUCCAAAUCUGCUGGCAGAUGGUCGUAGGCCGCAACUUUAUGUGGCUCUCGCAAGUCGUCGGCUGGGGCAUUCCCGUUGUUGGAUUGAUCCUGCUCCUCGUUUUCAGCGGAGUCUCUUUCCGAUUUGGCCAAACGUGUCACAUCAAUCACGGCAACAGCCUGGCAGAUUUCUGGAUACCUCUGUUGGUCUUUGCAGGCCUUACAGUCAUCAUUCAAUUUGCUACUUUCGGUUACUGUAUCAAGGUCUACCUUGCAUCUCUGGCUGACAGCGCCGCUUCAACGGAGAAUUCUGCUGGCCUUCCCGCAUAUUCGAAUAGUAUCCGUACCAUGACUCCUCGUCAAGCAUAUCGAAGAGUACGAAGGGUUAUCCAGCUUCAGUGGCGAGGCAUCGUUAUUGUACUCAUCAUCAUCUGUGACGUCGUCUUCUUCGCCUUGACUUUUGUCUUCUUAGACAACACAGUUGAAUCGGUCAAGGAUAAUCCGACUAGCAAGAAGACAUCAGCCUGGAUUGCCUGCCUCGUAACGCAUAAGGGCGACAAGAACCAAUGCUUGUCAGAGGCCAGUCAACUUGUUGUUAGCCUGCCCACGGUUAUUGCCGUACUCAUUCUUUUAGCAAUGAACGGCAUAUGGCUGGUCUUGCUUCUUGGGCCCGGUUCUAUGGUGACUGGCUGGAGAGAGUAUUUCCUCUCUCUAGGCGGCAACCGCGCCAAGAAGGAGUUUGUAUCAGUAGAUGCACGCAUGGAGUUGCAGAAGGAUACUAGAUCUUAUGAAAUGUUGUCUCGCGACUCCGGAAAAGCGGAAUCCAUACUAACGCCUAUUAGCCCUGCCGUAUCCCCUACCGGUCCACGAGAUGGACGUCACACUCCCGACUACUUCGGCCCGCAGGCCACGCGAUACCAACCACACUCUCGAUCCUUCUCUUCGCCGCGACCUCCACAGCAGGUGACAUGGGAUACCGUAUCUCCGUAUGGUCCACCACCAAUGCCACCUGCGCAACCGCGGCGCAUGGCGGACGGGUCCGAUUAUGAAGAUAUGAAUCCUUUAGGCAUGAACAGAAUAUGA